AUGACUCAAGUCAUCCAGACCAAAUCCAUCUACCACGGCCUUCCUGAAUUCUCGCAGGACAUUAACGGGCUCACCGCGAUAGUUACCGGUAGUAACGGGAUUUCUGGCGCCCAUCAAUUAAAGGUGCUUUGUGAAAGUCCUCAGAACACUCCAGCCCAACUUCUAUCACACUUCCUUGAAUGCCUGGAGAUUAACAAGACCAUUCCCAAGAGGGUGCUGCUGCAACUUGGAGCCAAAUACUACGGAGUGCAUCUCGGGCCUACCGUUUUCCCUCAAGAAGAGUCCGACCCUCGGGUUUUGAUGGGCCCCAACUUCUAUUACAACCAGGAAGACUACCUGAAAGCCUUUGCGCAGAAGCAUGGGAUCGGAUGGAACACGACGCGCCCGUCCCAUAUCCUCGGGGCCGUCCCUGACGCAGCCAUGAACUUGUGUUACCCUCUGGGGAUCUAUGCAACCGUGCAGAAGCAUCUCAACCUGCCCUUGGAAUACCCGGGCGAUCCGGUCGCGUGGGAGCAGCCCAUCUCGCUUUCGAGCGCACAGGCGAAUAGCUAUCUGUCAGAAUGGAUUGUUCUGACCGAAGAUGUCAAAGACGAAAGCUUCAAUGCCGCAGAUGACUACUCUUUCUCGUGGAGCAAAUUCUGGCCCAAAUUGGCCGAGCGUUUCGACAUGCAGUGGAGGGGUCCUGACACGAGUGAUCGGGCCACUUAUCAGUCGAUUACGCUGCCCAAUCGACCACCCCGCGGUUAUGGGUCGCCCGGUGCGCUGCGAUUCCGAUUCACUCUGGUGGAGUGGGCAAAGGAGCCGGAGGUCCAAAAGGCGUGGGGGGAGAUUGCUGAAAGACACGGGUUGCGAGAGAAGAAGUUCAGGGAUGUGGAUCGUGUCUUUGGUUUCACAGACCAGGCCGUGAGCAUGACGUACCCCAUUCAGCUGAGUAUGGCCAAGGCUAAAAAGAAAGGGUAUUUUGGUUUCGUUGAUUCCACCGAGUCGUUUCUGCAUGUUAUGAGUGACUUUGUAGAGUUGCAGAUGUUGCCCGCUCUUCCUUAA